ACCUAUUUGAAGACUUUCACUUUCGCUGCACACUGUGUCUACUAGUCCUUAUUCUGGGAGACCGUGGACAUUCCUCUGUGGUGGACACAGCAUGAACAGCAUCUUUUUUUGAACGUCUCUUUUCAGACUGCUUACGGCAGCUGUCAAUGUGAACGUCUACAUUUCCGUUAUUUAUGAGUUCUAUUUCGAACUAUCAUUCUAAGAUCAGUCAACGUAUUUCAAAGACACCAUACCGGCAUUCACUUCCAUACUUCCGUUAAAAAGAUAUACACAACACACGCACCGACCGCCGUACGCGUCGAGCAUGCGUGCAAGAUUGAAGUUCGGCUGUUGACAAGUGACAAUCGGAAACGUGCGUCGUCUGUCUUAGACAAAUGAAACAGUUGAAUUGAGCGAUAGAAAACCGUUAAUUGUACUCAUAAUUUGAAUGAUCAGCCGCAUUUAAACAUUGUGAAAAAAUGAAGACUGCUUUAAUGGUAGCAGAGAAACCAUCUCUCGCAGCAUCACUCGCGAAUAUAUUGAGCAAUGGGCGGUGCUCGAGUAGAAAAGGUUUGAACGGCUCUUGUUCAAUACACGAAUGGACUGGACCAUUCAAGUCCGAAACUGUGCACUUUAAAAUGACCUCUGUUUGUGGGCAUGUAAUGAGUUUGGAUUUUAAUGGAAAAUACAACAACUGGGACAAGGUGGAUCCCGCAGAACUAUUUUCAUGCCCAACUGAAAAAAAAGAAGCUGUUCCUAAAUUGAAAAUUCCUUACUUUCUUGCCAAGGAAGGAGCUGCCUGUGACUAUUUAAUUUUAUGGUUAGAUUGCGACAAAGAAGGAGAAAAUAUCUGUUUUGAAGUUAUUCACGCUCUUCAGCAAGGAAUGCAUCGGGAACUAGAUCUUCGAAAUAUUUGGAGGGCUCAUUUCUCAGCGAUUACCGAGAAGGAUAUUAAAGCUGCGUUACUUACUCUUGGUAAGCCUAAUGAAAAUGAGGCACGCAGUGUGGAUGCACGGCAAGAACUCGAUCUUCGAAUUGGUUGUGCUUUUACACGAUUCCAGACAAAGUUCUUCCAGGGAAAGUACGGAGACUUGGACGCAUCCCUGAUAUCCUAUGGUCCAUGUCAAACACCAACAUUGGGAUUUUGUGUCCAGAGACAUGAUGAAAUCCAGACAUUCAAACCAGAUCCAUAUUGGGUUGUUCAGGUUACGGUAACAUCCACAGACGGCCAGGAUGUCGUAUUGAAUUGGCAUCGCGUUCGAUGCUUCGACAAAGAAAUUGCGAAUAUUUUCUUUGCUCACGUUAAGGAACACGACCAGGCUAGGGUGCAGAGUAUAAUAAGCACAGAAAAAGCUAAAUCUCGACCAAUUGCUCUUAAUACAGUAGAAUUAAUGCGAGUUGCCAGCUCCGGGUUAGGAAUGGGUCCUCAUCACGCUAUGCAGAUUGCAGAACGUCUUUACACUCAGGGAUACAUCAGUUAUCCUCGGACGGAAACGACCUCAUAUUCAGAAAAUUUUGACCUAUUGGCAACACUAAAACUUUUUCAACAUAUAUCCCCAUGGUCCGAAGAUGUACGUAAAAUUCUAUCGACUGGUAUGAACAGACCCAAAAAAGGUCACGAUGCAGGUGACCAUCCACCCAUCACACCUAUGAAAAGUGCUUCCAGGAACGAACUCGAUGGCGAUGCAUGGAGACUUUACGAUUACAUUACAAGGCACUUCAUAGCGUCUGUGGCUUCCGACUGCAAAUACCUGAGCACCACGGUAAAGUUUGAAAUUGGAACGGAGACAUUCACGGCGAUUGGAAAAACGCUCAUAGACCCAGGGUACACCAAUAUACUUACUUGGCAGGCAUUUGGCUCUAAUGAAACUUUGCCCAAAUUCACGACCGGUGAAAACGUUAAUAUUCACGAAGUAAAACUGCUGGAGUGCUUCACUCAACCCCCGGAAUAUUUGACCGAGUCGGAAUUGAUUACGCUAAUGGAGAAGCAUGGCAUCGGCACCGAUGCAUCGAUUCCCGUUCACAUAAAUAAUAUUUGUAUCCGUAAUUACGUCGCCGUCACCGCGGGGAGAAGGCUGAUCCCUACUGCUCUCGGUAUUGUAUUGGUCCACGGCUAUCAAAAAAUAGAUCCUGAGUUGGUGUUACCUACAAUGAGAUCUGCCGUAGAGGAACAAUUGAAUUUAAUCGCGCAGGGAAAAGCCGAUUUCCACGCAGUUUUGCAACACACUGUUGAAAUAUUCAAACAAAAGUUCACAUAUUUUGUACAAAGUAUCGACGGAAUGGAUCAGUUGUUCGAAGUUUCAUUCUCCCCCUUGUCCGCAUCAGGGAAGUCGCAUUCUAGAUGUGGAAAAUGUCGACGAUAUAUGAAGUACAUACAAACGAAGCCAUCGCGUAUGCACUGUUCCCAGUGCAACGAAACGUACAAUUUACCGCAAAAUGGAAACAUUAGAAUCUACAAGGAGUUGAAAUGCCCGUUGGAUGAUUUUGAACUACUCUCAUGGUCGACCGGAUCCAAAGGAAAGAGUUACACGUUCUGCCCUUAUUGUUACAACAAUCCCCCAUUCAGGGAUAUGAAAAGAGGAAUGAGUGGAUGCAACUCUUGCACGCAUCCAACCUGUCCACACGGUAUGUACAACAACGGAAUCUCGAGUUGUUUAGAGUGUGAAACUGGUAUUCUCGUGCUGGACCCUUCGGCAGCACCGAAAUGGAAACUCGGCUGCAAUCGCUGCGAUGUAAUAAUUCAUUUAUUCGAGGAUGCUCAUCGCGUAACUGUGGAAUCUGAAAUUUGUGAUUGCGGAGUGCAACUUAUCACUGUGGAAUACAAACAGGAUAAAAGCAAACUCCCCAAUGAAGCAACGGAGUUGACGGGCUGCGUCUUCUGCACACCGGCGUUUAUCGCGCUCGUUGAAAAGCACAGAGCUGUUGCGUCUAGACCGGUAGCAGGUCGGUCACGGGGACACAACCGAAGUCGAGGUCGUGGCAAACCCCGUCCUCCGAAGGACAGAAUGGCUCAACUGGCGGCCUAUUUCGUCUAAACCACGCGAAGUAUCGACGGUCAGCUACUCGAUUCGGUGUAGCUUCCGACGCCAGUCAAAAGAUAACGACGGGUAACUUCUUAUCUCGGCAAAGGACUCUUGUUAGAAAUGAAGACUCAUGGUCAGUCAUUGAUUGUGAGCUGAAUUAUCGAGCCAGGGACGUGCGGAUUACUGUCCAGGUAUCUCGUCUCAGGAUAGCUUAUCGUAGGAUCAUGUUUUAUCAUAUUCGUCUUCCUUUACCGCAUACUAGAAUUAUGCACAUGAAACUGCAAUGCAGACGAAUUGCUUUUUCUCCCGGUCUUCUAAUACAUUACUCAUAGCUACUUCCACGACCUUUGAGCAGAAGUUCCACUAUUUGGGCAAUAGUCAUACCGAUUGGGUAAAUUCUAACGACAUUGAAUCAGUGACUCUGAGAUAGGUGCGUUUUAUAUGGUUUUAUUAUAUUGUAAUAAUUUUGUUACGAUGGACGAUUACGUUUGCGUAUUUUGCCCCUUGUGCGAAAAUUAUUCAAACGAUUUGAUUUCAGAGUUGCCAAUAAAAAACAAACUACCGUCUAACAA